UUCCCUCUUCCUCCGUUAUCUUCAUUUCCCUCCUUUCCCCUCUUCCACCAUGACCGACAGAAUCUACCCUUCAUCCAAACCCGCCGGGGCCAACGGAACCACCGCGGCGGCAAGCAACCCCACAUUCCCUGCCACCAAAUCCCAAAUUUACGGUGCCAAUACCCGUCCCCUCUACCGUCCACAAUCUACCAGCCCGCGCCCCCGCCGCUCCCGUUGUUGCUCCUUCUGCCUCUGGCUCACCCUCAUAAUCCUCCUCAUGCUCGUCCUAGCGGCCAUCGCUGGCGCCACCCUCUACGUCAUCUACCGCCCCCACCGCCCUUCAUUCUCCUUAUCCUCCCUCAAAAUCUCCACCCUCAACCUCACCUCCACCUCCACCUCCAUCACCAAACUCAACACCAACAUGAACCUAGACAUGACUGCUAAAAACCCCAACAAGAAAUUGGUCUACACCUACGACCCCUUCUCCGUCACCGUCACUACUGCAGACGACAUCGAUAUCGGCGACGGUUCGUUCCCAUCCUUCGUUCAUCCCACCAAGAACACCACCCUGCUGAAAGCGGCGAUUACUGGUACCAACCAAGCACUCGACGAUUCGUCGGCUUCGAAACUGAAGACGUACUUGAAGAGCAAGAAUGGCAUAGCAUUGAAGAUAAAGCUGGAUACUAAGGUGAAAGGAAAGAUGGGUGGCUUGAAGAUUCCGAAAGUCGGCGUUAGGGUCUCUUGUGAAGGGAUUACGGCGACUGUUCCGGCGGGGAAAACGGCUACGACGGCUUCCAUUUCUAAUAUGAAAUGUGAGGUUGAUUUGAGGAUCAAGAUCUGGAAGUGGACUUUCUGAUGAUCAGAAUUAAGAUUUGAGAACAAGAAAUGUAAUAUUUUUUUGUUUUUUUUGUUUUUGGGGAAUUUCGCGUUGUUCUGUUUUUAUAAUUUUAUUAUUUUUUUUAUGAAUAUGUGGUUGUACAUGGAAACAAGAAGUCGGUGGAUUAAUAAUUUUUUAACAGAUAA